GUCGCAGCCGUAUCUCAGUAAGCACAGUUUUCAAAGGCCGAACCGCACGCGCCUCUCGACCGCGGCCGACUGCACGUGAAAAUGAGAUCGAGUUUCUAAAUUUGAAUAUUUAUUUAUUUUAAUCACCCCGCUUCAAUACGCUUUCCUCAGUGGCCUGUCCUUAAAGGUUUUAUAUUGUGUUAAUUGAUAUUUUUUUUAUAUUUAAAUAACGAAUACGUAACGAUGUUUUUAUUAAAUAGAGUUCGUCCCAGUGUUUUUGUUAUUGUGUCCCUAGUUUUACUAGCUAGUGCACAAAAACCGUCAAAUGGACAUCGAGACGUCGGCCCCCAAGAGUUGGCGAGGCAGAAUAAAAUUACCCAGCAGAUCCUGGAAGCGUAUAUUCAGAAGAAGUUAGGACUGGCCAGUGGGAAUGUGAGAGCUCCUUCUAUAUUUGACAUUCUGCCGGUAAAGAAAACUGAGGAAAGGACAAUAAGAGAAUCGGUUAAAGAAGUACAAAAUCUGGAACCAGAGGAGACAGAAAUGCAAGAUAUGCCUGAAAUGGCAGAUCCAGAUCCACCAGAAGUCCAGGAGUACGGUGAAGAUGACAGUUUACAAAGCGUUGAGAGCGAGCAAAUUGACUCCAUAUAUUCUGAAGGUAGGAGUAAAAAGUAUAGCAGUCAUUCUUAUGAAGGCGAGUCGGAGAAUAGUUAUCAUUGCUCGAGUUGCAGCGAAGAUGAACUGGGCGUGACCCGGUGGACGAUGCCGUUGCUGAAAUCAGGAGAAAAGAGAUACUACUUGGGAAUAUUCUUUAAGGCAAACUGGUUCAAAGCGCAACAGUACUGCAGGUUCCACGGGAUGCAUCUCGCCUCCAUCUCGUCGCAGGAAGAGAACGACAGGCUAGAGAAAUACGUCAGAGAAUCUGGCUAUGGCCGCGAACACUUUUGGACAUCGGGCACUGAUUUAGCUGAAGAAGGCAACUUCUUCUGGAUGGCCAACGGCAGGCCCUUAACCUUCGUCAACUGGAACGCUGGAGAACCGAACAACUUUAGAUAUGAGAACGGAGAAGAAGAGAAUUGUUUAGAGCUCUGGAACAGAGAUGACAAAGGGUUGAAAUGGAACGACUCGCCGUGUUCCUUCGAAACCUACUUUAUCUGUGAAGUUAGGUCUGAUUAAUUAUUUAAAUGACUAUGUCACUACUGGAUUGGUUGUUUGAAAUGUUGACAGUUUUAAUUAAUUUUACUGGUUAAUUACAACUCUCUCGACAAACAAAGGCGUUUUGUAAUGCUAGUCACCCACCAUCAUAAGAUAGGUCCACAUGUCUGUAAAACUGAUCGUGUGUUGGUCGCGACGUGCGUGACAUACACAGAAUAAAGAUGAUCCAGAAUGAGUCUUUACAAGCAGCGUGGUGAAGCCGGUGAAAGCCAUAAACAACCCAAACGUCACGCGUCUCUUUGACAUCCGCAUAAACAAAUUUUUUUUCAUAAUUUAUAUUUCAAAAUUUAACACUAACAAAAAUUACGUAAAUUUCUAUAAUAAUCAAUAAUUUGCAAUAAAAAAAUACUUCGUCUUAUUAGUUUAGUUUUUGUGAACAGUUUUUAAAAUAUUUAAAAACAUAAGACGCCAUUUUCCUUGAAUAAUAUUGAAAAUUACUCAUGCGACGCUUCGUGUCGUACUGACACGAGAAUAUAUUCGUUUUUGAAUUUUGUAUUUGGAGCGGCUACGACACCGUCGUACUCCGUGCGCUUUAUCUGCCUAUUAUUCUUUAAUCUGUGGUGUCAUAAUACAGAUCGCGACUAACACAUGGUGGUCGGCUAGCAUUAAACUGUAAACUGCUUUUACUUCUGCCAGCCUAGUAGUUUACAUAUAAGAUGUUGAUAUAAUUAAUUACAUUUUGCAUUUUAUAUGGCACUAGCAGACCCCCUGCGGGGAUAAAAUACUCGUAUAGCCCUCUCUCUCUGAUAAUCUCUCCCUCUCUGAUAAUCUGGCUUCCCUUGAAUUAAAGAAUGUGUGAAAUUGGUCUAGUAAUUUUUGAGCCUAUUUCUAAGAAAUAAUCAAUAAGAAAUAUUUGAUUUUUUGUUUCAUACUUACUUACUUCUUUAAAAAUACUUCAGAUAAUUUAUCCACGUAGACUUGAAAUGGCAAACCUUAUAGUUAUGGUUCAAUUAUGGCCCAAGAAUUUAUAUAAAAAUUAAUGAAAACAUUUAUUUAUACUUAAUAAACGGUUGUUUGUACCUAAUAGUAUACCUGCCUGUUAUUUCAAUGAUUUUGCCAUUAUUAUUAUGUUCAUAGGUAUUAAAUUCUUUAGUUUUUCGCCAUUUUUAAAUCUGAAUUCAUUUUAAAAUGGUGACAGCGUGAUCUAUAAAUUCGAAAGUGAAUUAAGAAUAGUGGCUUUGUUACACUAACUUUUAAGGUCGCAUUGAAGCUAAGAUGGAUAUCGUUACGUUUCUACCUACGGGUAUAUAAUACUCGUAUAGUUUGUUUAGACGAAUUUUACGAGUAUAUAAUACUCGUAUAGUUUGCUUAUACAAACUUUGAUUUUGCUUUCAAGUUAUCUUUAUAAAAUUUUGCAUCAAUUUUGCAAAAACAAGUUACAUCUUAUGCUCUUACGUAUAAUAUUAUUCUAAACCGCUAGAGCGGUUUCAUUUAAAUACAUUUAAAGUUCAAAAUAUUCUUUACCUAUUGGAUAAAGUAAGCCUGUAUACAGAUACGCGUGUUAUAAAACUGAUAAUGUAAUUAAUAAUUAUAUUUCCAGAAAAUACCAAAGUGUUAUAUAAAAUGCAAAAAUCGUUGUUAAGGCUGGUCGCAUAUUUAGACAAGAUGGGAAAGAAAAUCGCAAAAUGAAAAAAUACUGCAUAUGUAUACAGAUGAAGUAGAAAUUUUUAUUAUUGGUCUUGUAAAUUUAAUAUUCAAUAAAAAGGAAUGCCAAUAUAACUACAGUUGCGUAAUAAAUAACCUAUUUUAUCUUUAUUUAAUAUUGUUACCCUAAAAAGGUAAUAAUAGUAAUAAUAGAAUAUAAUUUUGCGAUGUAUUUUUGUCCAUCUAAGUGUGCGCCUAGCCUUAUAGUUUACAUUGUUAUGUUGUGAUAACAGACGUAGUGUGCUAGAUUUCGAAUUUACAUCUCGAAUCUUUUCUUAUAAUUUCAUAUAAAAAUAACCAUCUUGAAUUAAGUACUGACUAUAUGGCGAAUCAAUUCUCAUUCAAAUAUGAUAUUAUUAAAUUACAAUUAUCUUUACUGAAUAUUUUAAUUCAAUCGACGUUUUUUCAUCUAGACAUCUGCUCCUUGCAUGGCGUUUAAAAAAAUCAACGGCAAAUAAUCGUGAUGAUCUAUUGCAUGUAGGCCUAAAUAAAAAAAUUACGUAGAAUCCUUGUUUAUUCUUAUUAUAAAAAAUAAUAACUUAUUUAUAAAUGCAUAAGAAAAUAUUAUCAACAUGUAACUGAAUUCAUUGGGAUCCUUCUAUGAUUCAUACAUUCCAAGGUUAAAAAUCAAUAUUUAAAUUAUCAACAACUUCAUAAUAUCUACCUUAAUUUUUUGUCCCGCUAAUUGCAAAAAAAAAACAUAAUAACUUUUCCAUUUUUUGUUUAAUUUUUAUCGCCAAGUCAGUACUUAAAGGUCAAAAUAUGAAUUGGUCAGUAAGGUGACUUCGGUUAAAUGUGAAUUGCAUCAAUAUUUGAAAAUAAUAUUCAAAAGUUUCUGCAAUGAACGUCAAAAUUUGUUUAUAAUAUUUAUUUUAUAAGGUUCGGUAUACACAUCCGGUCACCAAACGGUUGUGUUUUUUAGAUACAGUAAAUAAUACAGUUGUAAAAUUUACCAAAAACGCAACAGACGUAUAAAUUCAAGAAGAUAAUUUUAUUGCAAAUAAAUAAUAACUAUAUUUCUUUUUUUAUGCCAUAAAGUACGUAUAACAUACUUGAUUAUACACACUAUUUAUUUAUUCUAACUACCUUUAAAUUUUGCAAUAAUGUGAUUUAUCCUAACACAUAAAUAAUAACUCUUAAAACAAUCAUUAUGUAACGUGAACUUUGAUUUAUAUCUACAUAUAUGACAGCUACAAAAUUAGCAACACCAAAAACAUUGUAGGCAACAUUGUUAUUUCACUACGAACAAGUCAUUUAUUGACUUUCACAAAUAUGACUUCAGUAGAUAAAUAUUGAAUGUGAAAUGUAGAUACUUCGUUCUAUUGUAAGCGCAGUAAAUGACAAACAACUUCCAAAUUGCUAAAUGUGAUGGCCUAUUAUACUUAGGCCUAAGCACAAAAAUAACGUAGGAUCCUUGUAUAUUCUUAAUUCUAAAAAAGUAAUAACGAAAUAAAAUAUACUUAUUUUUUUUUCUAAUUUAAAACUUAUUUAAAAAUGUGAAAUGUAGAUACUUCAUCUAUUGAAAGCCGAGUAAACGACAACCAAAUAGAGCUCCAAUAGACAUUUUUACAAAUCCAAUCAACGUGUCGAUACAAUCGAAACUGGAGUGUAUCCGGACAGUGUACACCGAGCCGAAAAGCUAUCAUAUCUAAUCGGAUGGUCGAUGUAUAUUAUGUACACAAUUAGUAAAGUAAGAUGGAAUCAAAAAAAUGUAUUUUUUAAGAAAAACGAUCACUGCCUAACGAUCUUGCCCCUUGUUUGCUAUGAUAUUGAAUUCCAUGCAGUGUAAUUUAUGACAUGAAACUUGACUUUAUGAAACUUCAUUCAAUGCGUUUUCCGGCAGAGGUGUGCAAUUUAUAGAUGCAAAUAAACACUGCCUUCCUGCGAAAUUUUGUUUGGAGAAGAAAAUUUUCAUUUUGUGCAAUAUUUACGUAUUUAAAAGUACACUGUUUUGCGUGUAUUUAAUGUCAUAGCAUCGGGGCUUUUGUUAAGAAAAUGUCCAAACCUCAGGUCCAACGGGACACGCGUGUGUCCAUAGUCAAACGUAGUGGUUAAAUACAAUAGUUACCUUAGUAUAUCUGUAUAAAUAGUUUUAAGGAACAAAAAUAAAAUAUAAAAUUGAA